AUGUGUGUGUGUGUAGGCAAGUGGGUGUCGCUGUGCGCUCACUCGAGCGCUACACAAUGAUCACACACAAGACAAGGAAGCCGUAGGACACAGCAGCGGUUCAGCGGAAGCGCAAUCUCUGAAAGUCCCGUUUGCGCUCGCUUCGUUUCAGAGGCUCGGUGUUUCCGGGUGUUUCAGAGGCUCGUGCCACACAAAGCUCUUAGUGGAUAAUAAUGUGUCAGUGUUUAAUCUGCGUGCGCGCGCUGCGGUCUGUUGAGCCGCUCCGGUCCCGUUGAUCUAUGGAGGGCGCGAGAACGGAGCCAAAUCCGCUACCCGAGACCCCGCUGUGUGAGACAUGGUGACAGAUGAACAUCGCGGGAAGGACCAUGGCUGAACGGGCCAGCAAAUUCGUGCUGAUCGUCGUUGGCUCCGUGUUCUUCAUGCUCAUUCUGUACCAGUACGUAGCACCCGGUGCGAUCAACUUCGGCACGCCGGCGCAUGGCUACCUCCCCGAGGAGGACAUGACCAUCUUCCCCACGCCGGAUCCGCACUAUGUGAAAAAGUACUACUUUCCGGUGAAGGACUUGGAGCGCGUUGUGGACUUCGAGAUCAAGGGCGAGGACGUGAUCGUGUUCCUGCACAUCCAGAAAACAGGCGGCACUACAUUCGGGCGGCACCUGGUACAAAACGUGCGACUGGAGGUGCCAUGUGACUGCAGGCCGGGCCAGAAAAAGUGCACUUGCUACCGACCGAACCGCAAGGAGACGUGGCUCUUCUCGCGCUUUUCUACCGGCUGGAGCUGCGGCUUGCACGCGGACUGGACCGAACUGACCAACUGCGUGCCUGGAGUCCUCAACAGGAAGGAAAGCAAGACAAAGAAACUGAGGAAGUUCUAUUACAUCACACUUCUUCGGGACCCAGUGUCAAGAUACCUAAGUGAGUGGCGGCACGUGCAACGAGGCGCCACAUGGAAGACGUCAUUGCACAUGUGUGACGGCCGCACACCGACACCCGAGGAGCUUCCCACCUGUUACGAUGGUGUGGACUGGUCGGGCUGCACCCUUCAGCAGUUCAUGGAGUGCCCAUACAACCUGGCCAACAACCGGCAGGUGCGCAUGUUAGCUGAUUUGAGUCUGGUAGGUUGCUAUAAUGCAUCCACUCUGCCAGAUAAGCAGCGUGCUCGUCUCCUACUCGAGUCAGCUAAGAAGAACCUGCGUGACAUGGCUUUCUACGGGCUCACAGAGUUUCAGCGCAAAACGCAGUACCUGUUCGAGCGCACCUUCCGUCUCCGCUUCAUCCGGCCAUUCGUUCAGUACAACAGUACGCGUGCUGCCGGCGUCGACCUGGAUGAGAAGACCGUGCAACGCAUUGAGGAGCUAAAUGAGCUUGACAUGCAACUCUAUGACUACGCAAAGGACCUGUUCCUUCAGAGAUACCAGUACACACACAUGCUGGAGAGGCGUGAGCAAAGAAUGAUGCUUCGAAAUAGAGGCUCUUACCACAGCCUGGCACGGGAGGAGGGCGCAGGGGGAGAGGGAACGGCUCGGCUGCCCACUGAGGACUACAUGAACCAGAUUGUUAGUGGAUGGUAGCCCAGGCGAUCUCUCUUUAUAAAGAAAGAGAGACACAAAGACAAAUAAUGGAGCCAGCCUAUGGAGAAAUAAAGUGGUUAUCAAGGACUUUGUUCCCCAGGGAUCUUUAAAGAAUAAGAUGCAAAGGAAAACAGGCAACGGUGGUGAGUGGUGGAAGUGCCCUUUUCCAAGAGAAGGGAUCAUUAUGGGUAUUCUCUCUCUCUUUUCCCCAGGAAUCUUUAAAGAGAGAGGUGCAUAAUGAAAGAAAUGAGAAAUGAUGAGUGAAGGAGCCAUUUCUAUUUCAGCUCAUAUAGAAAGAUUGGGAUCAUUAUAUAGACCCUUUCUUUCAUUUCUCCCAGAAAUCUUUGAAAAGACAGAAACAUGCGGAGGCAGAGAAAUGGUAAAGAUCAUGGGUAGAGGGUUAUUUCUUCCUCAGCUCAGAGACAGAGAGGAAUCAUGGCAAGCUCUCCGUCUUUCCCCAGCUAAUAAGCUGUAAUUUGGGCCAGACCUACAAGAGAUGGUAGUUAUUGAGAGUGCACCUUUCUGGAUGGGUGAACAAAUAUCCCACCCUCAGACCUAAGUGACAAAAUUGUAAAUGCUUAAAAAAAUCUCCCCCAGUAAGGUGAGGUGUUGUUUCAUUGAGCUGCAACAGAAUUCUACAAAGCUUACUUUUGUAUAAGAAUGAAAAAAAAAAAGUCUUAGGAAAGUCAUGCAAAAUUCUGGGGAUAUUCAGAAUGUUUUAUAUUCUGUGUGUAAAUCUUAAGUUUCUUUUCUCUUUUUUUUUCUUGUGAAAGAACUGAUGUGAAGUGCAGAGACUGGAACUUUCCAACAUGAGAUUAUUACUAACAGACGCGGCGACUGAGUUUGAUUUAAGAGAGAUAUAUGUAAUAUAUAUGACAGACAUGGCCUUGGAUUUCCAGCAUAUGUUUCUAUCAUUGUAUGUGCUGACUGUGUGAGUGCUCAGCCUCUCUGGGUACGACAUUUUACUCGUCGGAUAAAUGGAGAUGUUUUUGCCAAGACAUGUUCACACCAUAAAGAAAUAAGGUUUCAUCUACAGUCUCAACUGCUUGUAAUAAUAGUACCAGAAAUUAGGACACAAGAUAACAAACACUAUCCUUUUUUUAAUGGGAAAAGCAUGAAGUUCUACUUUAAACCUGCACAUUUGUGUGUGUGUGUGUGUGUGUGUGUGUGUGUGUGUGUGACUGACAUAUAAUUGUGUGCGUGCAAGCUUUGUUUCUUUCUGUUCUAAACGAAAGUGCAUUCAACACGAACGAGCCAGUCUCUCAGUUCCUGCACUUUAGCUUUAUCAUAGAGACGCCACACUAAAGUCCCUCUCACAUUCCACGCAUUCAAACUGUAUAACACUGACGCAAUUACCGAGGUGGUUCGAUUCCUGUGCAGAAAUGUGACAAAGCCAGAGACGGCACUUCAUAAUCGACUCUGUCAAUCCUUCAUGAAAGCAUACUUGCCCUAAUAAGAGAGUGUGGAAAUAUGUAGCGUGUGUGUAUGAGUGUACAGUUCUAUAUUUGUGUGAGAGAACCUUUUAAUAUGAGACAUUUUAAAUACGUCUCCCCUUUGUUUUCCAUUCAUCUUCUAUAUUGUUGUACUGUAUUAGUACUUCUGUUAUGCUAAAUUGACCCUAAAGUUACCAAUAAAAAAUUUUUUUUUCUUUUUUAAU